AUGGCCAAAGUUGAGCCGACUUCAGUGAAUACAGUGCAAAAUGGUAAAAAUAAGAACGACGAAAUCAAGCUCAAAAAGAAUAUUUCGUUGUUCAGUGGAUGUGCAAUAAUUAUUGGAGUUAUUGUUGGAUCAGGCGUUUUUGUUAGUCCAAAAGGAGUCUUGAUUGAAUCAGGAAGCGUGGGAUUGUCGCUUAUAAUAUGGAUCAUUUGCGGUGCAUAUUCAAUGCUUGGUGCAUUAUGCUAUGCUGAAUUGGGCACUACAAUACCGAAGAGCGGUGGCGAUUAUAUGUAUAUUCAUGAAGCAUUUGGUGCAUUUCCAGCAUUUCUCUUCCUUUGGGUGUCGCUUAUAAUAAUAAAUCCAACAUCUAAUGCGAUUGUGGCAUUGACAUUCGCUCAGUACACUUUAAAACCGUUGUUUUCGAGUUGUGAAGUACCAGACGAUGCAGUUCGCUUACUGGCUGCUUGUAUUAUAUGUAUGUUCGCUUGCAAAAACAUUUUUGUAAUCAUUACUCUUUUCGGCAAUACUGAAUAUUUGGAAAAAGAUCAGUUGUUUGCUGGAUCAAACACGGAUUUAGGCCAUCUUGCAUUAGCUUUCUAUUCAGCCGUUUUCUCUUUCAAUGGAUGGUAA